AUGACGGCAAAUGGCUGCAUCGUCCCGCAGCUCACAGAGCUCCUCAGUAGUACACGCGGGGUUAAUAUACAUGUUGAUGCAAACGAGUCUCAUCCUCUGCAGGCUUUACAGGUAGUUAUAGAUGGUAUCAAGAGCGAACACCCCCGCGAGGCUGGGGCACUGGAAUCUGUGUUGGCAAUUGCAGAGAACUCCACCGACUUUGGUGGGUUGGGACUAAGCUCUGAAAGCUCUGUGUCCGUCGACAAGUGUGACGAAUUAGUCUUCCUGUCGUCGGCGUGGCUCGAAUCACUAAACUCUGCGGACCGCAGCAGACAAAUUCGACCCCCUAUUGCGACCAAGCCACAAAGUCGUCGGUCCAUGAAUGUGACUGAAAAGAUCUUCGCAUUGCACGAUGUAGAGAGCAAGGGCUGGGUACGGCCAGGAGAAAUGAUUCGAGUCGCCGUGGACUGGAUUAUGGCUAGUGAAUUUAGUUGGCAUGGUAUGGUAUCAGUCUAUAAUCGCCUUGGAGAUCCUGGAAUCUUUCGCAACGACAGAUUCUGGAUAGCUGGUGACCACGUGGUGGACCCGCGAAAUUACGACACACCCUUGACCAAGAAAUUGAUGGCACAAACCGACAAAGCAAGGCGUUCUUUCAAAAUGACAGAAUUCCAAGGACACAACUACACAAUCAUGCACACAGAGUUCUUCCGUGAGCGUACCCAGCCUGGACAAUUAAUCAUAGGGAGUGAUAGCCAUACAUGCAGCAGCGGGGCCAACGGCUGCCUCUCCAUCGGCAUGGGAGCCGCAGAUGUAACAAUGGCCUUAGUCACUGGCGAGACUUGGUUCAAGGUGCCAGAAGUCGUCGAGAUACGGUUUGUUGGCAAGCCACCGAGGGGUGUGGGCGGCAAGGAUGUUAUUCUAUACGUGCUGCAACAGCUCAAGCGGAAUACUGUGGCAGCUGAUCGAGUGGUGGAAUACACUGGGCCAGGCUUGGACUAUCUGAGUGCAGACGCUAGAUUUGCUGUGGCAAACAUGACAACGGAAUUUGGCGGUAUCACUGGCAUAUUUGCCCCUGAUCAUGUAACCUCCGGGUUUAUCAGCCAGCGCAAGCUCAGUCGCUACAAGGAUCAGAGCCAUUACUUCAAGGCGGAUGAAGACUGUCAAUAUGCGGAAUCUCACGUUAUUGACCUCAGCAAGGCUGAACCUUUCAUCGCUCGUUAUCCCAACCCAGACGAUGUCGUUGCUGUCAGUGCGAUGAACCAGGCAGACCUGGAUGGAUGCUUCAUUGGCGCCUGUACAACAGCUGAGGAAGACAUCAUCAUGGGAGCUCUGGUACUUCAGGAGGGCCUCAAUGCUGGCAAGGUCCCAGUUGCGAAAGGCAAACGAAAGGUUGUUCCGGGUAGCAGACCCAUCAUCGACAUGCUUAGAAAGACUGGUCUGUACGAAGUAUACGAGAAAGCAGGCUUUGAGGUUGGUGUCCCCGGCUGCAGCUAUUGUGUCGGCGUCAGUGCAGAUGUCGCAGAUGAUGGUGAAAUCUGGCUGAGCAGCCAGAACCGAAACUUCAAGAACCGCAUGGGACCGGGUUCUAUUGGCAACCUUGCAUCUGCAGCCACAGUUGCGGCAUCGUCGUUUGACAUGAAGAUGACAUCACCCAAUGAGCUUGUUGCAAGAAUCUCGGACGAGCAGUGGGAGAGGGUCAAAGGCAAGGGGUCUCUUUCUUCGGCGACUCGCAUAGAGCCGCAGUGGGUUGAGCCACCAGAGCCUGUAGUAGAAUCUCGGGAAGAGCAUGUACAUGCUGCACAAGCCAUCAGUGACUCUUCGCCUAGCACGGCUGAUACUGGCAGCCUGGAUAAUAUUCAGUCCAAAGUCUACCGACUUGGUGAUUUCAUCGACACGGACGCUCUUGCACCUGCACAAUUCCUGGUUACGGCAAAGAAUGAUGAGGAGUUUGGAACGCACUGCCUAGAGUACACCCAUCCCGAUUUUAGGCAAAGAGUCAAAGAUGGAUCACAGGUGGUGGUGGCUGGAAACGCCUUUGGCUGCGGUUCGUCGCGUAUGGAAGCGGUACAAGCAUUGCUUGGAGUUGGCAUCAAGUGUGUCAUUGCCAAGUCAUUCGCCUUCAUCUACUCACGAAACCAACCCAGUCUUGGUCUGCUUGGCAUUACCAUCCAGGACGAGGCUUUCUACGAAGCAGCACAAGACGGUGUUGAUAUUGGCCUGGAUCUUGUCACCAAUGUUGCCAGAGUUAACGGGGAAGAGUUCCCCUUUGAGCUAAGCCAGAUGGAGAAGAGCCUGACGAGUCUGGGCGGAGUGGCGCCAGCAUUCAACAAAUUCGGCAAGCAGAUAUUUGACGCAUUAACAAGCGGCCAACGUGGAGUGAAAAAGUCCAUUAAAGAUCACGACGCAGGAAGCGCGCCACUUUCUUGGUAA